AUGUUUCAAUUCCAGACCAUGCCCACCAAACGACGACGAGACGAGGAUUCCGACUCGGAAGAAGAACCCAACUUCAAGAAAUCCCGCCCCAUCUGCUUCGCGCAACUCAACCAUGGGUAUGCGCAAUCGCCCUUGCACAUCAGCGUUCGCCCUUUAUUACCGCCCUCGCCGCCAACAGCAACGUCGCAUCUGGAGGCUGUCACGCAAGGGCACGCCCAGCACGGCGCAAACACACUGGAAGAUGCGUGGGGAGGACCGGUCCAGUCUUCGCAAUGGGCAGAUAUGGAUUACAGCAUGGACAUGGACGAGGACGACAGCCAAAGCGAUGUGCGCAGCCAACCACCCGAGUCGCCAUCUGGAGGUCACUUCUUUCGUCCGCCGACGCUCAACCACUCUUCAUCGUUGCGAUCUGACGCCGGUAGCAAUGGACGCAUACCAACACCCAUACAUCCAACGUUCAAUCGAGGCGGCAUGAACGGACUAGGCUAUCCCACCAGUGGCUCAGCAGGCGGGAUGAGCACAAGCAACACGCCAGGGCUACCACCGCUGCCAGGCUUGACAGUCCACAAGAACAGGCAAGAGCAAGACAACGACCGCACUAGACGCAUGCCCUCGCCCAUAUCAGAGGACGAAGACAUCCCCGACACACCGACCGCGCUCACGCAAUCGCAACUCUCGCGACUUAGUUUCUCGCACGCGAAUGCUGAUGAGAUGGAGAUGGAGACAGCCACGCCGGCGCUCGUACUGCCUCCGACGCCACGCGGCAGGAAACGCAGUGGGGCGUUGACUGGCACGCCUGGCCGGUUCAGCAUGGGGUAUCGCGAUGACUGCGAGAAGUGUAGACAGCGAGUGCCAGGGCACUAUUCGCAUUUCCUGCCAUAG